CCGUGACGUACGUGCGCGAGCUUGAGCAGCGAUGUAUCAUCUUCUGAAAGGGUUCCAUGAGUAUCUGACAAGAAAGGAAGAAUUCUCGGUCAUCAUCAUAGGCCUAGAUGGCGCGGGCAAGACGACGUUACUAGAGAGAAUCAAGACACUAUAUAACGAGACACCUGGUCUCUCCCCCGACAAGAUCGCGCCUACCGUCGGCCAAAACAUGGGAAAGAUAACCCUUCCCUCCACGAUACUCAAGCUCUGGGAUCUGGGUGGACAGUGUGGAAUACGCUCCAUCUGGCAUCGUUAUUACGAUGAUUGUCAUGCAGUUGUGUUCGUCAUAGACGCAGAUGACCGCGAACGCCUCAGCGAAGGGUGGGAAGUCUUCGACUCUGUUCUCUCUGCACCGCAAAUUCUUGGUGUGCCGCUCUUGCUGCUUGCCAACAAGCAAGACAGCCCUCAGAGCCUCUCGGUCGAGGAAAUUCGCAACGAUUACGAAGACUGGCAUCGGCGGAAGCUAGAAAGUGCUCGCAGAAGCUACGGUGAGGAGAUGGAGAUCCAACAUCGCUCCGAGCGCAUUGCAAGCUUAGACGUCAUGGGCAUUUCCGCAUUAGAGGGGACCGGAGUUCGAGCUGCAGUGGACUGGCUGUUUAUACGAGUACAAAACAGCCGUCGUCGGGAUGAGCAAGGAGAUAGUCGAUGACGGCCGGGACUUCAGCUUAGUUUAUUUAUCUUUCCCUCUUGGAUGUACCCACUAGAUUAUUCUCUCAUAAUAAUUUGUACAUGCC